GGACAAAACAAAGAGUUGUAAAAAGGUUUUAGAGCGUUAAUUGCAACCUUUGCUUUUGCUUUAUGGUUUUCUCUGCCUGCAGUGUCAUCUGUAGCAUAUCAGCUGCGAAGAAGUGUCGUGCAGUUCUUGUUGCAGUUAGCAGAGGAGCAUGGCUGUGAGAGCAUGUGGCUUGAUAAUCUACAGGAGGCUGCAGUCAGCACCCCCUUCUAAGGUCACUGACAAUAUCGAAUACCUCCUUCUUCAAACGUCCUAUGGGACCCAUCACUGGACCCCACCCAAAGGCCACGUUGAUCCAGGAGAGGAUGACCUUCAAACAGCCUUGCGGGAAACACAGGAAGAGGCAGGCCUCCAGGCCAGUCAGCUCACCCUCAUAGAGGGGUAUAAGAAGGAACUGCACUACCUUGUCAAUGGCAAACCCAAGACCGUCGUUUACUGGCUGGCAGAAAUGAAGGACUGUAACACAGAAAUUAAGCUUUCAGAGGAGCACCAGGCUUUCCAGUGGCUGAAGCUGGAGGAUGCCUGCAGAUUUGCAGAAUAUGAGGAUAUGCAAGCAAUGCUGAAAGAGUCACAUUUUGAAGAGCACCAUCAGCAUACCAUGUUGAGUGCAGUGAGUAGAAGAAGCCUGAAAAACGACGUUGGACAAGAACAGUGAUGCUUAUCUAAACGUCUAUUCCUGCAGAAUUUCCCCUCCCACAGCAAAGAACAAUACUUUUCCCUGGCAGCAUAUCUUUGGCUCAGUACCUGAAAAAACUAAUGACAGUGUAAACAGAAGCCGGAACACAAUAACAAGGAUAAAAACAAUAGCUUAAAAGAGCUCCCAUGUUUUCUCUCAGGAAAUCCUAGGGAUCUACUAGACUAAUAGGGCCUGGUGGUCGUUAGAUCAGAAACAGCUCGGGACUUUCUGGUCGGGCCCGAAUGCGCAGGGAGAGGCAACCAGAAUUCACUGUGCAACUCCUCCGCUGGACGGAGAUGAGGUGAGGAUGGGUGUGUCGGUGCUGGGAUACUGCGCUACGGAGCCCUGUUGAUCCAAUGGCCUAGGCAAUUCCUGCCAAUCUGGUAUGCCUGAACGGAAAGGAAGUUUCUGCAGGAUCGCUGAGCAGCUCGUGAGUCCAGUCCUGUUUACCACGUAGUAAAGGCUGUGUGAAUUGAUGUUUAAUGCACUUUAGGACUGAAUUUCUAUCUCAAAGUCAUGUUACUGCCUGGUUCCACAAGCAGGAGGUCUGUCUCCUGCAUAAUCUCACAUCAUCUCUAGAUAAUGCAAAGGCACAAAUACACUUUCCUAGUCUGCCCUGGCUUGUCUUUUCUUUUUUAGGACCCAGAAUCCAGGAUUUGCAGAAAAAACUUUGUCAUGAGCAAGCUUUAUUACUUCAUUAUUCACACGUUUCUUCAAGAUCGCUGUCAAACAGCUCUAAUCUUUAUGGGCACCUGCUGAUACCUUCCCACUGUUUGUGAUCAUUGUCUAUUUAUUCCAUCUCUUUGUUUUUUGUCUUUAACCACUUAUCAGCCCAUGGGAGAAAUCUCUCUUGUAUUCCGUGAGAAUUGAGUUUAUUAAGGGCCUUGGCGGAUGAAUCUUAUCAAAAGCCUUUCGCAAAUCCAAGCACAAGAUCCAGAUCAGCUCACCACAUAGAUGAUGAGCUCGUUGAUGCCAUCACAGAUGAGUCAGGCGUUCCCUCUACAAAAGCUGUAUUAACUUUUCUCAUAUUCAUCUGUGUAUCUGCUAAUUCUGUUCUCUGUUGUGGUUUCUGUUGACUUACCUGAUGUCAAAAUCAAACUUAGUGACCUGUAUUUCCCCAGAUUAUGCAAAGAUCCCUUUUGAAGAUUGACAUAGUUGCCAUAAUCCCCCCUGCCUUUUCUUUUGAUACUGAAGCUGCUUUAGGCAAUAGCUUGAAUUCCUCUUAGAAGUUCAAAAAAAUGUCAUUUGGUUUCCUUUAACUCAGCGUGAAUGCAUGCCCUCUGGGCCUUGUUAUUUGCCAUAGCUGAUUUAAUUGUUUUUUCUAAAACUUCUACUGGCAGUUUUGUUUGGUACCAUUUUUCAGACUGUAAAGGGUGGCUGCUGUCUGAGGACUUCCCUGACCAUGUCUGAAGUAAAUACCAAUGCCAAUAAAUCUUUCAGCUUUUCUACACAGCCUUUCCUUAGUUGCGCUUCUUACACUUGCAUCAGUUAUUGGCCUCAUUACCCCCACAGAAUUCCUACUUUAGAGUUGUUUGGAAAUAUUUCUAUUAGUAGUUUUUUAUGCUUCCUCUAACUUGCUUCUCCACAAUCUUUUUUUCCAGAUGCUUUAUUUUGAGUUGACGUUAAACACAUCAGAAUUUAUGCUGCUUUUUCUUUUCUGUGCUGGGACAGGACUGUUCAUUUUGAUUUUGGUUUUUUUGUUUUUUUGUAAUUUUGAAAAGGUUUACUGUUUGAUCCGGUGGGCAAGCUUGUGUUUUGCUGUCUGCGUAAAGUCCCUGGUUUAUGUUCCCCCUUAAAGAAUCCCUACAUCCCCUGCAUGUUACCUGCGAUCACUACACGUCCACAUGUUACCUGCAAGCAUUUUACCUUUUUGGGCUCUCCCUUUCUACUAGCCUUCUUGGUUUUAUGCAGGUCUCAGUUUUCAGAGUCUCAUCCCACUGAAAAUCCAAGGUAGCCUGUCUGUGAUGGAAAUCCAUGUGAGCUGAGGAAGCUCAACGCUGCAACACAAGUGCUGUUCUUUGAGGUUUGUACUGCUCCUCAGUAGCAUAUGGCAGCAAAUUAUUAAUAAAAUGUUAUCUUCACACUGUG